AUGUCACAAGAAAAGAAAGUUGAAGAGACAGGUUUAAACGACAUUGUUAUCACCAAGUACAAGGUCGCCGCAGACAUCGUCAAGCGUGCAUUCGAUCAAAUUACUACAAAGACAGUAGAAGGAGCUAAAGUUAUCGAACUUUGCACCACAACUGACAAAUUCAUCGAAGAGGAAGCAUCAAAGGUCUUCAACAACAAAAAGCCAAUCCCACCAAAGGGUGUUUCAUUCCCAACAUGCGUUUCAGUAAACAACAUCAUCUCACACUUCUCUCCACUCGCAUCAGAUCCAGAGACAAGCUCCUUGGAAUUGAAGAAUGGCGAUGUAGUUAAGAUCCAAUUGGGUGCACACAUCGACGGAUACGCCUCAAUCGCAGCUGAAACUAUCGUCGUUGGCGCUAGCGCUGAGAACCCAGUUACUGGCCGUAAAGCUGACGCUGUCCAAGCCGCAUGGUACGCAGCUGAAGCUUCAAUUCGUCAAAUGAAGGUCGGUGAGAAGAACUGGACAGUCAGUGAGACCGUCAACAAGGCAACUAAGCCAUUCGAAACCGCAGCAGUUGAAGGCAUGCUUUCAUGUCAAAUGACUCAAAAUGUUAUUGACGGAAAGAAGAGAAUCAUUCUCAACGGAAACCCACAACAAAAGUCUGACUUGGGUACUCACACCUUCGAAGAAGGAGAAGUUUACGGUAUUGAUGUUCUCGUAUCAACCAACAAGGAUAACAAGCCAAAGGACUCUAGCUAUCAAACUACCGUUUACAAGCGUACCGAUCAAACCUACAUUCUCAAGUUGGCAACCGCUAGAAGAGUCUACUCAGAAAUACAAAAGAAGUCAGGAUCAUUCCCAUUCAACUUGCGUACGUUAGAAGAUGAAAAGAGAGCAAGAUUAGGUGUACAAGAAUCUGUACAACACAGCCUUUUGACACCAUUUGACGUUUCAGUUGACAAAUCUGAUGAAACUGUCGCUCAAUUCUUCUUCACAGUUGGUAUAACAAAGAACGGUCCAAUUAGAUUGACUCACCCACCUUCAUGGUUAAAGCCAGAGUUCAUCAAGUCUGAUAAGCAACCAGAUGAAGAAACCAAGCAACUCUCACAAGCUGCAUUACGCCCAAAGAAGAACAACAAGAAGAAAGCAGCACCAGCAGCUUAA